AUGAAUAAAAGUUUAUUGUUUCAGUGUUUUUUGUUUUCCCACUUCAGAUUUAUAUUAAUUCUACGUUAUUUACUGUAUAUCGAUCGAUAGUGUAUCGUGAGAUUUAUAUUAUAUUGUUUUCUAUCAAUAUAAACUUAUCAAUUUAUUUGCAAUCUCUUCUAUUCUUUUUUCCCCCUUUCUUAGGAAUAAUCACUUUGUUAAAUUUUUCUUUUUCUUUUUUUUUUUAAUUAAUUAAUUAUUUAUUUAUUUAUAUUUUUUCCUUCAUAUUAUUUAAUUUUCCAUUUCCCCUUAUAAAUUGUAUUUAGUCUAAUAAAUUUCAAAAUUAUCUAAUUUUUCUCCUCAGCUUGCAUGUUUGAUUGCUUACUUGCUUAAGACAUAUUAACAAUAGUUUGCUAACAACUACAUAUCUAAACCGUAUUCAUCAUGUACACUCCACUCCGUCUUCUCUUCUAUAAUAUCUUUUCAAUUACUAGAUUGUUUUUCUUUUCUUAUUUGGCAUAUCCUUUUAAUUAUUGCAUAAUAAUUGUAAUAUACUUCUAAAUCUUGACUAUUUAGAUUAAAACUUUUCAACUAAUAUUUAGACAAAAUCACAUUCUGCAUCGAAUUGACUAGAGCAAAAACUGUAAAUCUUUAAUAUUAUAAUUUGAUUUUAUAUUCUUAGUGAUUUUUACUAUUAUCAUUUCUUGCUUCUCACUAUAAUUAAAAAAUUUACAUAGAUUGAUUGCUAUACUUAAAAAAAUAAAGCUUCGAAUUUUCAUCAUAGCUAAAGAUACUUGA